AUGGCAGUCCGUGUUUUUGAAACGGCUUCAAGGGCCUAUGCCUCCAACACUUCACUUGUUCUGGUGGGCUUUUUUGGCUCUGGCAAGACGACCAUCGGAAUAAUUGCUUCUAUGAAGCUGAAUGCGAAGCUGAUCGAGUUUGACACCUUUUUCACUAACAAGGUCGGCUCCACGCCGCAAUCGUAUUUGGCGAGUGUUGGCUCUGUCAAAUAUCGCGAAGUUGAGUUCCAGGUGACAAAUGACUUGCUUUCUGCCCAUAAGAAUGGCUGUGUCAUUGUGGGCAUCGGUGCCAUGGGGAGCAGACAGCAAAAAGCCCUGCUCCAGGAAUUCUCCCAGACUCAUCCGGUGGUCUAUGUGAGGAGGGACAGGACGGAGCUUCAGAAGUUUUUGGGUUGUACCGAUGAAAAGCUCCACCAGACCUUCACAGCAGGCAAUGACUUCUAUGAGUCGUGCUCAAACUUUGAAUUCUAUAACCUUACUCAGCGUACCACGAGCCUAGAUGCUGCGUCUACUUCCCAUCUAAGGCUGAAAGAGGUGGAAAAGUCGUUUCAGAGAUUCCUCCAUCAUUUAUAUGGCAUGGAGCAAACCCGCCCGUACUCGCCGGAUCCGUUCACACCUGAAUAUACUUAUGCAUUGCAAGUACCUCUUUCAUGGUUUGAAGACAGCCAUCGAGACUACAAGGAGCUGGAGACUGGAGCCGACGCAAUCAACCUUAUUAUCGACCUGGGCUCGAAUCCCACAGCAGAAAGCCUGUCAAUGCAAAUUGCCACCAUUCGGACGAACUCCCGGGUCCCUGUAAUUUUUGACGUCGAUAAGAAUGCACAGUUGGAUCAGGAAAGCCACUUCAAGCUUGUCAAGAUUGGUCUUCGUCUUGCUCCAGAUAUUUUGACUGUCCCCCUAGUGUGGUCUGAUGAACUCGUAAAUAAGGUGGCUUCUCAGAAAGGGUCUACGAAAUUUAUCGCAACCUAUCACCACAGGUGUGACUGGCGGCAUUCCGAACUUUCAGCUCCUUGCGAAAGAGCUGCGAGUCUUGGCUUUGAUUCAAUUCGCAUUACUUCUGACUGCAAAGCCCCAGCUUGUAAUAUUCAUUGCACUUCCUUUGCAAUGCAAGCGAUUGAGAAUUAUGAUAUUCCAACAAGUGCCUACAUCAUGGGACGCGCCGGCUCAACGUCAGUCUGUUUCAAUCCUAUACUGUCGCCAGUCUGCCUGCCUUCUAGAAGGGACAAUGGCGUUUCACUCCGAGAAGCCCAGAAAGCUCUAUACGCUUCUUUUAUACGGUCAAGAAGCAAGUUUACGCUUUUUGGCAAGGAUUUAUGGCACAGCCCGUCUCCAGCAAUACACAAUGCGGCCUACGAGACUUUCGGGAUGCCUCAUACCUUUCAUAAACUUGAAAGUAACAAUUUUGAGGAAAUCUGGAGUCUUCUAAACGAUGAUGCACAUGGAGGUGUGGCUGUUUCACUUCCAUACAAAACCACAGUUCUCGCUCUACUAGACGACAUAAGUCCCGCAGCGAGGGAUAUACAAGCCGUCAACACAAUACUCCUAGACCGGUCCGCUACAACUGAAAACGAAAAGUCAAAACCUAUUAUGAGAGGAUACAAUACAGAUCACAUUGGUAUCCGUGACUGCAUUUACAGAAACUUGUCUCCCGCGAAUACUAUUCGAGAUGGAAGCACCGCUCUCAUUAUCGGGGCCGGUGGUAUGGCUCGGGCGGCGAUCUACGCUUGCCACAAACUAGGGCUACGAAAUAUUUGUAUAUACAAUCGGACAUUGGACAACGCUAAUAAGCUGGCGGAAUACUACAACGAAUGGGAAAAGGAAAGAUUUUCGAACUCACAUAAAUCUCUGCGAGUGCAAGUUCUCUCGUCUUUGGAUUGCCCAUGGCCAGAGGGCUUGCGACAGCCAACUAUUGUGAUCUCUUGUAUUCCAGUCUAUCAGAUUGGAAACCAGCCUUCGCCAUCCUUACAAGUUCCAGACCACUGGCUGCAGAGCUCUACGGGUGGCGUGUGCAUUGAUCUCGGCUAUCAACGAGAAGAAACGAAUCUAUUGAAAUUGAUGCGAGAGAAAGCAUUCGAGGGCUGGACUUUGGUUAAUGGUUUAGAUGUGCUUAUUGAACAAGCCAUUGCCCAGUUUGAGCUGUUUGCGAAACGACCUGCCCCUGUGCACAUUAUGAGGACGGCAAUCCGUCCUUUCUUCAAGACACAUUCAGAGACCUCGUCAUGA